AAAAAAAUAAUAUAAUGGAAAAUGGUUGAAGUUUAAAAAAUGUAAUCCUGCUCAAAAUGUUUUCUUUCAAAAAUCUAAAUCACUUGUGGAUUCGAUAGAAGGAGCCAAGGAGCAACAAAAUGAGACAAUUCCGGAUUUUAAAACAUUAGUUGUUCGACUUUUAUUCUCUCCAAUCAUCACGCCCCCACUCAAAGAAGGAUAAAAUGUAAACAACGUCAGCAGUAAAUGUCAGAAGCCUAGAUCAUGGCUACAGUUUUUGAGAAGAAAAAAGAGACAAAAGUAACACUUGAUGACACUAUACCGUUAAAAUGUUGGGUGGAAUCAGCGGAAAAACGUGAGGAUCACAUGAAAUACUGUGUCAAAGUACAGAGAGGUCCUAUACCAGAACACAGCUGGACAGUAGACAAACGUUACAAUGACUUUGUAGCCUUGGACGGUGAAUUAAGGAUCUCCAAUAUAGAGCUGCAACUUCCUCCCAAAAAAGUGUUUGGUAAUUUUGACAGAGAAUUUAUUGCAGAAAGACAACAAGGAUUACAGGACUACCUUGUUGCUGUUGCUGAUCAUCAUGUAUUAUCAAACACUUUAUACUUCAAAAAAUUCCUGGAUUCUACAAAUUAUGCUGUUAAUAUUCCAGAGUUGGCAUUACAACAUGUAUCCAUGGUGUUUAGAUCAGAGAAAAAAUGGGAUGUAGUGGAGCCACUGCCAGAUAUAGGCUGGAGAAUAAGGAAGAGUUAUAUUUUAGUCAAGCCUUUAGAUCAGCCCAAAGUUCGUCAAGUUCUGUCCUGGAGUGGUUUUGGUCCAGAUAAAUAUAUUCCUGAAAAAGAAUUAAGUGCCAUAAUGAAAUUAUUACCCACCAUUCAGCACCCUCAGAUAUGCCCGGUGAUUUUUGCUACUACGACAGAGAGCGGGGGGUUAACUAUAAGAGCCUUUCAGGAGAAGGGCACCUUGAGAGACUCUAUCUGUAAAUGCAAACCAAAGAACCACUUCUUAAAAAAGUACACAAAUCCCAAAGCAUACUCAACAUUAGACUUAAAUGCAGUGAAGAUUGUAGGAAAACAGAUUCUUGAUGCCUUGAAGUUUUUACAUGAAAAAGGAUUACCAUAUGGUCACCUGCAUGCAGGCAAUGUCUUGCUAGAGGGUGGGAGAUGUUGCUUGUUAGACAUAGAGAACUGGUUAUUAGGGCUACCUUCUUAUUACAGACCAUUCUUCACACAAUACAAGAAAAUCAAUACCUGUGAGUUGAUUGACAUGUACUGUUUUGGGCAGCUGUUGUAUGAGUUGACCUUUGGAAAACAGCUCUUGGCGGCCACCUGUGAUUCAUUCCCUCCAUCUUCUCCACCAGAGAUCAGAUCUGUCUUGGAGUCCAUUCUGUCCACAGAGGCCUGUAAGGGUGGCCUGCCAACUGUUGACGACCUUCUCUCUCAUCCGUUCUUUGCUGGGGUGACUCUACCUCCCACAGAUAAACCAGUUCUGAAAAUCCCCAGCAAGUUAAAAGAGGCCAUAAAGAAUGCAAAAGAUCAAAUGGAGAGAAGGCUGAAGGAGGAACAAAAAAUUAUAAACCAGUUAAAGAGAUUAUCCAAGGCAAAGCAGUUCCAUAUGUCAGAGGAUGAGAAGAAGAAAAGACGGAAGUCUAAAAAGAAAGUAGUCCAGGAGAAUGGCGAUGUUUCCGUGGAGACGUCAACAUCAUCAUCUACGUCUAAACCCUCGGAAUCUUCAUCUAGCCAGACUGCCAAAGUUUCCAGUAUACCAGCGGCUCCCCCCGCCCCUGCUGCUCCAGCACCCCCACCUGCUCCGGUGGCACCACCCCCACCAGCAGCACCAGGAGCUCCCCGUCCACCAGCACCACCUGCUCCAGGAAAGAUGGCACCCCCUCCCCCUCAGGAUGGAAGAGCCGCUCUCCUAGGGUCCAUCAACAACUUCUCUAAAGGGGGCCUAAAGAAAACUGUUACAAAUGACCGUAGUGCACCCAAAGUAUGAACAUUUCAAAGUCAUUUUAACCCCCCUCCCCCAAAAAUGAUUUUAUUGUUAUUUCUCUUAUGUACAAUGUAGUACUGGUUAUAUUGGGCAUGUGGUGGCUGAUUUUCAUACUUAAUUUUCAGUAUAAGGAUUUACUGAGCAAUUGGAGAUUUAUUUCUUUACUUUAAACUUAUCUGGUGCUUUCCAGAAAUGCAGAUUUUUUUUGUUGUUGUAAUCUUUGUUUGCAUUACUAUUUAUAUAAUUGGUUGAGAUUCAAUUUACCUUUAACCUUGUUUGAUAAUUUUAUUGUUAUAG